AUGACGCCGCUGUCUUCGCCGAGCCUGCCAGGCUUGCCCGCAUCACCACAAAAGAAGCUCCUUUAUGAUACACUCAAGAAGCCAUUUGAUGAUCAGGAUCCCUUUGCCAUAAUUUGGAUUAAGAUGCUCGAACUCGCAACCCUGCCCAAUUCUGAUUACGAAUCACGUCUAGAUGCACUCAAGUACUUUCUCGAUCAUAGAUGCUUUAAACAGCUCAUCAAUGAGCUCAAAUCCAUAGCUGAUCGGCUCCCGGAAAAGUUUGUCAAUAGCUUCUUGCACCUUUCCGACUCCGGAGCCGAUCCCUCUGCAAGUCUCAGAAAACAGCUCGAUGCUGAAACUCUCUUGACACGCAUCAAGAAAUCCACCUUCUUUCAACCUACCUUCGAUCCUGUCGACCGCCUUGCACUUGUCUUGCACCAUGCUUUCGUCCCAGGUUACCGCCGCUAA